CCAAAGUCUUUACUGCAUUGGGAAUAACUUUUUUUUUUUUAAAUAAACAAAACCAAAUUAAAGAAAAUAAACAAACAAACAAAGAAAGUUCUGCUAAAUUGUGCAUAACAAUCGUCUUCGCAUCACAUCAAAAGCAAGAACCUGGGCAAAGCCAAAAUGAGGUUGUCCCUGGGCACAGUCCUCUGCUGCUGUGUGGUUACUAGCGUCCUGCUACCGGCCAGUGGGACCACCGCAAAGCCCAACGCCAGCAGGGAAAAAUGGUUAAAAGAAUUUAUGCGUAAACACAUGGGGAGAACACCGAACAACAACUUGGCGACAGCUAAUCCAUUUAACUGUGACGAUCUUGUUGAACCAUCAGAAGGACCCGACAGUCCUGGGAAGCUGGAGGACAAGGCAGCUGAAGCUGUCCCACCACUAUCCAGUUUGGAGCUGAAUGUAAGAACCAAAAGAUCCGGCUGCUUCCUGGUGACGUGCUUGUAUCAUGACAUGGUUUACAGAGUGCAUGAGAUUAGGAGCCAGGAGAAGAAGACCUGCGCCCCUCUGCAUAAGUUGAGAAAAGACGGCUUUGGACGGCGUCGCCGCUCACUCCCAGGGGCCGCUCGGCUUGUCUUCUAGACCCCCCCUCCCACCCACCCCGACACCACCACCACCACCACUCCCAGAAGUUUUAUUCCGCAGAUUUCCAACCGAAUCCUGUAAAAGAGCAGUCAGUGCCACUACAUCUGUACAUGUGGGGAACUCAGAAUGCAAGGUUCAGGAAGCGCAUUCUGGGAAGAUUGUAGAAACAAAAAAAUCCUUAGGGUGUAGGGUCCAGGACGCCUGGACAUGGGUGUGGUUCAGUGUCCGAAUUCAAGUCAGACCUGUGGGACUUGAUGAGAAUGUGCGUCUCCUCUUCAAUUUCAAAGUGAACUUGGCAGCUGAUACAGAGGACAGAGACACAUCGGAGGACCUGUGCUACCCCUGAACUGAGGAGGGAGCCAGAACUGCUUCAGAGGGUGAAGCUUGCCCAGGAAACUGGGCCCCAAGGUGCCAGCCACACAGGAGAGUGUGGCAGAGUGCUUCUUACUGGCAAUUUACUUAUGUUACACAAUAAACCUAUACAAGCUGUAGCGAGCAAUAUGUUAUUGUAAACCCUGUAUUUAUGAAUCUAUAUGAAUGUUUUAUAUUUAAAAACUACAAAAUAACUCAAACUUCAUAUGAGAGCGAUACAAGAUUUCGUUUUCGUUUUAACUUCAGUGAAGUAUUUGAUGUGUCUGAACCUUGUAAACAAUGUUUUUUUGAUAGGAGUGUUGUACAGAGCAAAAAACAGCUACUUCCAGAGCUGUGCUGCCAUCUAGCUUUGCAGCAGGAGUCUUUCAAAGUCCGUCCUUAGCAGUUCCAUUCCGUGUAUCACCUUGAUUGUGUUCAUAGCAUCUAUCUUUGUCUUUGUGAAUGUAGACCAUACUGACAACCAAUUACAAUUCCGCUGAAAUGACUUGAAAUGUGAUUACUUCACCUGAUUCAUGGCUUGUGGAAACUACCAGGGACUUCCAGCUCACUUGUUUCAAAUCAACCAAAUGAGACAAAUAAUAAAUCAGUUUGAUAAAAAAACUUAAAACCUUUUGCAAUCCCUGCAGUGUGAUGGUGUCGGUGUGAUGACACAACGUAUGUGUGGUUUAAAAUGAUCAAACCUCUGAUCCAAGGGGCCACAUUCCGUUCUAAUAAUAGCCCUUAUCAGCCGCUUGCCUGACACUUUCUGCAGAGCUUUUGGUGUUGUGUAAUCCUUUGCUCAGAAUGAAUUAUGGUUUGGCAAAGGCAGUAUGUUUUUUGCUAAAUGGAGAGAAAGAAGACAUGUGUUUCUCUCUGAAGAAACGAGCUAAUCAGUGCAGAAUGUGA